AUGUACAGCACUGACAUCAUUCCUUACUACCGAGACAUCAGCCGGCAAACACAGACGGAGCACCGCACUUGCUGCGCGUGUGGCGAGGCGAUCGCGGACCGCUUCCUACUGGAGGUGGGCGGCGGCGCGUGGCACACGGCCUGUCUGCGCUGCUGCGUCUGCGCAGUGCAGCUCGACCGCCAUCCCUCCUGCUUUCUGCGAGACCGCCAGGUCUACUGCAAGCAGGACUAUGCCAAGAGCUUCGGCGCGAAGUGCUCCAAGUGCUGCCGCGGCAUCUCGUCGUCAGACUGGGUGCGGAAGGCGCGGGAGCAGGUCUACCACCUGGCCUGCUUCGCGUGCGACGCCUGCGGCCGCCAGCUCUCCACCGGCGAACAGUUCGCCUUGCAUGAGGACAGGGUGCUCUGCAAGCCACAUUAUCUUGAAACCCUUGAUGGAGGAUCCAUUUCAUCAGAUGACGGGUGCGACUCAGAAGGUUACCACAAGAGCAAGGCGAAGCGGGUGCGCACCACAUUCACGGAGGAGCAGCUGCAGGUGCUGCAAGCCAACUUCCAACUGGACUCGAACCCCGACGGCCAGGACUUGGAGCGGAUCGCCCAGGUCACAGGCCUCAGCAAGCGAGUCACGCAGGUGUGGUUCCAGAACAGCCGCGCGCGACAGAAGAAACACCAGCAUACCGGGAAGGGGAAGCAAGGCCAAUUGGUGUCCCGAGACGCGGACCCGGCGGGGUUUGGUCGGCCCAUCAACCUGCACCUCACCUACUCCUUCCAGAACAAGCCACCUUUUGUUCCAAUAGAUGGAACGUCUUUCACGGAUUCCUCAAUGGAUGAGCUGUCAGAGGACUCGUCGAUCCACUGCAUGCAGAGUGAAGUGUGAGCUUGCGAGCAUUUGCAUCCUCGGCGUCACAGUGGCGCCAUCUGUACAUAAUAUACUCGCCAUAUCUUACAACGUACAUACAAGUCUCUAAUACUGCUAGAUAUUGCCAUGUACAACACAAGUAGUGUAUGUUCGAAAUUCGGCAUGUUUGCCAUAGGUCUUACUACUUUCUCGUAUUAAUGCAAUGUUUUUAGAACUGGUGCAAGCCAGUUGUAGCUAGUUUGGAUCAUCCUGCUAAACUAAUGUUAAUAUAUCUGCAGUUUCUGAAACUAACAUUAAAAUGUUUAAUAUUAAUAUACCUGUAAUUCGAGACUUGUUAUUCCCGGGUAAGAAUUUUUCAUUGACACGUAUUUAUUUAAAAUAAUGGAUAGCAAAGUUUAUAUAAGAAUCUGUGAGAAUCAUUGUAACUAGCUUUGAAAUUAAUGUAAACUAUAAGUUUCCACUCAUUUUAUGUAAUGUACAUAGUUAUAUUUAUUUAUUUAUUUGUUUCUAGUUACUGUGAUACAUUCUCGAUCGAUUAUUUAUAAUUGAUGACUUGUUAAAUUGCAAUUCAGUUCUGACUUUCAUCUUAUGUCAUGCAUCUUACACAUACUUUAAAGUAGUUAAGUGCCAAAUUGUAAUUAUAGGAGGAACCUAAGUAGUCCAAAAUAAAGCAAUAUAACUUGAGAGAGUGUAAGCAGCUUCGUGUUCUUGUAGGUGUAUUUAUUAAUUACAUAAUCUCAAUAGUUUUAUUAAAGUCUAAGAUAAUAGUACCUACCUUCGUAUAUCUAAAUGUAAUUGAGAGAAAAUUUAUUGUCACAGCUGCUACGUAUCCUGUCUCGGAGGUUUACUGCAGAGUCUUUGCAUAUCGACUGGACACGUAAACAAAAGACAACUGAAUCGAUUUGCCGACUCAACCUUUUAUACUAGUUCAAGAACAUAUUAGGCACCCGCACAGUAAACAUAAACAGUAAUAAUAUCAAUCCAAUGUCAAAAUGUAAAUCCUACUAUUAAUAUAAACGCAAACGUUGGUAAGAAUGUCCGUUUUUACUUAUUGACACAAAAACCACUGAAUGGAUUUUGACGAAACUUGACAGUAACAUAAAUAACAUUUAAGCUACUUUAUAUAAAUUUGCGGGAAACAGUUCCCUCGGGAAUUUAUUAAUUAAUAAUCUUGGUGUUUUCUUACUGACUAAAAUUAAGUCGUAGGUACCUUUGAAAAUCAUAAUCAUAAUUUAUUUCUAUAUGUUUUGUAAAAAGUAGAUGCGUAAGUUAUCCAGCAAUUCUAGUUCUUGUAUCUGUCAAUUACAUUGCUACAUGCUAAUAUAAAGCGUCUACCGAGUAUACAUUGGAUGUUGUUGGGUAGUGUAAAUAUAAAACUUAUGUGCUUAAUUAUUUUUUGUAUAUAAAGCGUAAAAGCAUAAGGGGCUGCAACGGACGAACCAGGACAGUGGACCUUCUUAUAGUUUAUAGUUCAUGGUACUUAUUGUAUUCGACAUUGGUAACAAACGUGAACUAAGUUCAAGUUGUUUAACAUAACAUUGUCAUGGAUUUUAGCCCUGUGCUAUUUCCUUAGGAAUGAUGCCAUGUCUCAUAAUAUAUCACGCUGACAAAUAUUCAUGUAAUGGUUUUUAAUAUUUUUCUUCAGGUCGCAUUCUUAAUGUGUAAUCUUCGAACGUUGAACGUAAAAAUAAGAAUAUUUCCAGUCGAAGAAUUACCUUCAUAACAAAUGAAAAAUAUCAAAAACCCAAUUUAUAUUUGAAUCAAUAUCAUGGUAUCCAACUUAAAGCAACUUCUAGUAGCUAUUUAGUGUGACGUAAGCAUGAUUAGCUAUACUUAGGGUGCGUCUCUACACGGUGCAAGUAGCUUGCGCAUGUUGAGGCACAUGCAUUUUAAAAACGUCCGGAUAUAGUGACUCGCCCACUUGCGCAUGCGUACUUGCUCCAACUACUUGCACCGUAUAUUCGCACCCUUAACCAGACUUCUGUACGCCAACUUACUCGCUCGUCUGCCACCCCCUUAUGUUUUCACGCAGCAUAAGAUCAAUUAAUUUAUGACGGUAGAUUAAAUGACAUGUAGUGCGCCAUCUUGUCAUUUUAUUGUAAUUAAUUAGUUGCUAAAAGUACUAGGUACUUAAGUUUAUUCUGUCUGUACAAAUUUUUAAAUAUAUUAUGUUGGUUA